CCUUGAGAUUUCUAAAAUUCAUACAAAAACUUCCUUGGUAAGGAAACUUACCAUAGUUUGCAACCUGAUCUUCAGUGAUGGACCCAGAAACAACCUCAAUUUAUUUGGAUUAUUUCUACACUACAAGCCAAAGUCCCGAUGAUAUUGAGGACACCCAGUCCCAUGUUACUUACACAUCUGUUUUCCUGCCUGUCUUUUACACAACCGUGUUCCUGGCUGGAGUGCUGGGGAACCUCGUCCUCAUGAGUGCACUGUAUUUCAAACGGGGCAGCCGAAGACUGAUGGACAUCUUCAUCCUGAACCUGGCCGCCUCUGACUUCAUUUUUCUUGUCACGUUGCCUCUCUGGGUGGAUAAAGAAGCAUCUUCAGGACUGUGGAGAACAGGCUCUUUCCUGUGCAAAGGCAGCUCCUACGUGAUCUCAGUCAACAUGCACUGCAGUGUCUUCCUGCUCACCUGCAUGAGUGUUGACCGCUACCUGGCCAUUGUGCGCCCAACCGUAUCCAGGAGAUUCAGAAGGAAAGACUGUGCCUAUGUAGUCUGUGCCAGUGUCUGGUUUAUCUCCUGCCUCCUGGGGUUGCCUACGGUUCUGUCCAGAGAGCUCACCCUGAUUAAGGAUAAGCCAUACUGUGCAGAGAAGAAGGCCACGUCAGCUAAAUUGACUUGGGCUCUGGUGUCCUUAAUUUUUACCUUCUUUGCCCCUUUGGUGAGCAUUGUGACCUGCUACUGUUGCAUCACAAGGAAGCUGUGUGUCCAUUACCAGCAGCCAGGAAAGCAUAACAAAAAGCUGAGGAAAUCCAUAAAGAUCAUAUUUAUUGUUGUGUCAGCCUUUGUCUUCUCCUGGCUGCCCUUUAAUACUUUCAAGCUUCUGGCCAUUGUCUCGGGGUUUCAGCAAGAAUUCUACUCUUCCUCGUCUUUUUCCCAAGUGGGCAUGGAGGUGAGUGGGGCCUUGGCAUUUGCCAACAGCUGUGUCAACCCUUUUAUUUACUAUAUCUUUGACAGCUACAUCCGCCGGGCCAUUGUGCACUGCUUGUGCCCUGGCCUGAAGAACUAUGACUUUGGGAGCAGCACUGAGACAUCAGAUAGUCACCUCGCAAAGGCUCUGUCCAACCUGGUUCAUGCAGAGGAUUUUGCCAGAAGAAGAAAGAGGUCUGUGUCACUCUAAAAGGGUCUGUGACUUUUCGAGCUCUGUUGGUGGAUGGGAGAGUUCAUUUGCGUCAGCGACAAAGAAAGACAAAAAAACUAUUUGCUGAAGAGUGUUCAUACUGCAUCAUAAAUGCAAGGUAGAGUUAAUUAAAGAGAAAACUGAAAAGUUCUUGUAUUUGUGGAUAUAAUUAGGCCACAUGCUGGGUUUUGUUUUGUUUUUAGCUGAAUGCCCUUAUUUGACCCUUGCCAGUCAAGUUCACUGGGCAGAAUACGACUCCUAUAUGUCCUUGAACUCAGAGAUAAAGGCUCCUGCUUGGACUAGUGCCUGUUUUCACGGUUCUUAAUGCACAUUCAGGCCUUUUCCUCUCCCAAGAACCACGGAACCUUGGUCCACACCACCCUGCAUACUGGGCUCCAGAGUGGAUUACAUUUAAAGGAUUCUGCCCACUUUCAUCUGGUGAGAAAUGUGAUGAUAAUGUAGGAGGCAAAAAAUAUAACAUACCUGUGCUCUGUAAUGAACAAGGUAUGAAGUGACUCCAAGGUAAUGAAGUGAGUCUCUGGCCUUAUUGUCUAAAAACUUAUGUAGUGAUUCUUUACCAUCUUUCAACAUUGUCUUUCAACCCAUAACAUUAAAAAAUUGCUUUAGACUGGCAAAAAGCUCAUGAGGUACAUCAUUUUGUAUUGUGUUUAUGAUUUGACUUUCAUUAUCAUCUGGUCUUCCAGAGUGUUUUAACAAAAAAGUAUAAGGCAAGGUUUGACCUUUAUAUUUAUUACAAGAUGUAUUGGUAAAAAAUGUAUCUCAUUAUGAUGCUGUAGUAACUACUUUUCAAUGGGGUUUUGCUAUGCUCUUAUGCUUUUGUUGUCUUUAUAAAUUAGGAUAUGACUGCUUUAAUUACAUGUUUUUAAUUACCCAGUUAUCAAGUUAUCAAAUAAAAAUGUUAGUUACUAGUAAUAUAAUUGGAGGUCAGCAAAUGCUUAGCUACACCCUUGUGCAGAUUAUGAUUUUGUAUUUUAAUUAAAAUGUUGGUGCUGCACAUUCCUUAUAGUGUCGUUUGCUCAUAUAUAUAAUUUUAAGAUUUGAUCCUGUGAUAUGGGAAGGUAGGAUGCUCUGUAUCCAGCUGAGGUAAAAAAGAUUUUAAAAAUCCAUAACAAAAUGAUGUUCGUAUUUCAUAUACAUUUUUCCGGACCCAGAGACUAUCCUGAAUUCUUUCGCAUUAAUAUCCCAUUAAAUAUCCCAUUAAAUAUUUUUAGUCUAUUUGUACCUGAUAUUUCUUUCAAUGACUUUGGAGUAAAAACUUAAUUAGGACUAACUACAAAAGGCUUUGCAGCAGUAAACAUACUAUCAUAAACAUCUUUUGAUUGAAGAGAAAGUGCGUUGUUUUUAUACUC